AUGGUGCCUACCAGUCAAUCAGAAUUGGCAGAUCUGGAGCGCAAGUUAUUCUCAUACCAUCAAAGUCACUUCCAAUUAUCUGCCAGAGUACAUCUCUCCCACCUGACAUUCGAAAAAGGGUUUCGCGCAUGGAUGGAUGACCGUGACAAUGUCCAGCGCUUGAAAAAAACCCUGGAAAUUCAAGGCUGUCGUCGGCUCAUGAGAGACAACCAUGUGCCCGUAGUUGUGCCCCGAUCUGACUGGGAGCGUCGUGUGAGUCCGCGCUACGGCAAUGGCAUUAUGCCCAGCUUGAAUGUAGACCUGGACUACCGACUGCGUGCGUUGGAUCACGAGAAUUUGAUUGCAGCAGCCCGGAAGAAGCUCGAGCCGGAAGACCAGUGGUGGAUUGUGGAUGUCUACGUGACUGACGAUGAAGAGGGUCAAGAUCUUGACAGAGAUCUUCUGCAGGAAAAGUUCGUCCAAUCUUUAAAAGAAAGAUACCCAAACGACAACCGACCACCCGACGGGUUGAUAUACGAGCGAAUCAACUACUACGAAGGGUACCUGGAUGGACCCAAGGACCAAUUGGCUGCCAACAACUGGUGGGUCAUAUUGCAGGCCGUGGCGGGCAGCAAAAAAGGUGGAUACCUGCGACGUUUCUUCAAGAAUGCGGCCCUCCAUCGAAAGCUGAAUUCCUUGCUGGUCAUCCGGGGACUCUGGGAAGGCAUGCGGAUUGGACUGCUACAUAAAGUGACCGCCAUGCACUGCGAUGAGCCAAUGAUCUGCUACUGGGACCUGAUUUUCCAGACAUUCCUGACACUGGUCGGGGGAAGGACUGAUCUACUACCUCUGAUAGACGGGGUCACCGUUGGUUUGAUCCAAGCCCGUUCGCCAAAGCUCUCCGCAAAUGACUUACAGUUCCUGCAACUCCAAAUGAACGAGGGAACGCUCUUUGCAGAGUUUGAAGAGGAUCAUCGAAAGGACAUCUGGGAACGAUUGAAAAAAAUCGAUUAUCCAAUUCCAACGCUGAAAACGUUUUUCAAGGAUCGCAUCUACCUUGAAGUCGCGCAGAGUGUUAUGAAGCGACUGUUCAUCCAGCCGCGCGAUGAGAUUUUCACCAUUGACACAGGGGUGUAUAGUAUCUUCGACACUGCCAUCCCGAUAUCGCUGAGGAAGGAACGUCUACGGUCAGAUCUCCUGGAAUUUUGGCGGUUCAGUUUCCAGUAUGGAUUUGAGUUGACCGAUCAUCAGCGCCGUAAAUGUCUCAGGAGCCCUGACAAUGAGCAUACGCCGGACCAAGACACGGAUCAAGCUUUUCCGUUCCACCGAUCAGCCAUGUGGCAGCAUUUCUGUGGUAUCCUGAGAGCCAGGGGAUUUCUACCACCCGGCAGCAUGACGCAAUCGUCGCCCGUGAUUGAACUUCCGCCUCUGGUGCCUUGCGACUAUCCAGAGGAUCCCUCGCAGGAAAUUGAUGUCGCCAAGAGAUGUGGAAAACCCUUUGCCAAUACGCGGCAGGCAGAUUGGUUCGCCCUGUCAGCCGAGUCGCUACAGCAGCCUGAAACAGCGACGCGCGUGUCGGCAGUAUUCCUCCGCCGAUGGGUCUUUAAAGCUUUCUUUGGGUAUCUCAUGGACCGUGGGGGGAGCGGUACGUUCGUGCAUCGCGGUUUCGAAGCAGAUCCCGCGGUACGGGACGAUCACGCCAACACCGCCGAAGGACACCAUCAUCCGACCGCCCUGACGGCGCCCCACACAACGGCAGAAGCCCCGAGCAACCUGCCGACGUCUUCAUCUGCCCCCAUGGCGGACUCGUUUGCUCCCAUGAUUUCAGCCUCAGCAGGAAGCUUGCUAAUUGGAUAUAUCAUGCAUGUCAAGAUUCAGGAGAUCAGGGAGACCUUAUACCUACCGAUCGACCCGUCAUUCAUGACUGAAUUCUGCAACGGGCUGGCGCAACAUAAUUUUGAAGUUUUCGUUCUCGAACCCGCUCCUGGGACCAGUUCCGAAUUUCUUCUUGGGAGGGUAUCUGACAUGCCUCGCUAUAUUUAUCCACAGCAUAUUUUUACGCACUAUCUAGACUAUCCUGCUUCGGAACUUCAUGCACAGUUCAACGCAGAGACUGCUUUUGUAGACGCCGGGAGGAAAAGACGACGGAUCGAUGGACGAGAAGAGAUGGAACAGGAAAUGAUGGAAGAGGCAAAGACAUGGCUCGAAGAAGAAAAAGCCAAAAUUCACAGGAGGAACCGACCGCAAACGAUUGAUCUUGAAUUCAGCGUGUGA